GUACGAGAUACGACAGAGAAUCCCAACUGCCUCAACGGCCACUGAAGUGUCCAGUCCGCCUAAGGACCCGUUCAGGAGAAGCGGCCACUUAAGAAGUCCAAUGUCCCGGUUCCAUUUACAGCUCCCUGCACGCCAGAUGCUACCAUGGCUACCGGUUGGACCGCAUACGCCUACUAUCCCUCCGUGGGAGGGGCGGCCGUCAUGAUCAUGCUGUUUCUGGGCGGCAUUUCCAUCUUUACCUACCAGCUCAUUCGGACACGCGCAUGGCUGACAAUUGCGGCUUUGAUCGGAGGCCUCUUUGAAACGGUUGGCUAUAUCGGUCGAGCCAUGUCAGGCAACCAAUCCCCCAAUUGGACUCUGGGUCCCUAUAUCAUCCAAAGCACGCUUCUUCUGAUUGCCCCGGCCUUGUUUGCCGCCACCAUCUAUAUGGUCCUCGGCCGGAUCAUCGCCCUCGUGCACGGAGAGCACCAUUCGAUCAUCCGACUCAAAUGGCUGACCAAAAUCUUCGUGGUGGGGGAUUGUCUGUCCUUCUUGAUGCAGUCAUCCGGCGCCGGAAUCAUGGUGCAGUCGAAAUCAGCAACGGAUAACACGGGCGAGAAUGUCAUCAUCGGGGGUCUUCUGGUUCAGAUCCUUUUCUUCUGCUUCUUCCUCGUGGCCGCCGGCAUCUUCCAACGUCGCAUCUACCGACACCCCACCGUCCGCUCCGAGUCGCCCAUGAUCCCGUGGCGCAAGCAUUUCUUCUCGCUAUACGCGUCCAGCUUCCUGAUCCUCAUUCGGUCGAUCGUGCGCUUCAUCGAAUACAUCCAGGGACAGGACGGGUACGUGAUCACCCAUGAGGCUUUCAUCUACGUUUUCGAUGCGGUGCCCAUGUUCCUGGUGCUGUGUAUCUUGAUUCGGGUCCACCCCAGUGAGAUCAACGGGCUGUUGGGGAAAUCCCGCGUGGCCGCGGUGGGAAACGGCCUCCGCUUUGUAGAUAUAUCUCCGGCACUAUAA